ACGCCAUUCUUGUGAGGUUUAGCCGUUCUGGCGUUGAUGCCGGCGCUGGAAGUCGAGCCACGUGUCAGCGAAUCAGCAGAAAUCGGCUUAUGGAACGACCUAAAUGUUGAUGUGUUACAGAGACUUUCCCACGCGCACAGAUCCGCCAUCAAGGUCAUCCGACGGAUGCAGUACUUCGUGGCUCGGCGGAAGUUUCAGCAAGCGAGGAAACCCUACGACGUGCGGGACGUGAUCGAGCAGUAUUCACAGGGACACCUGAACAUGAUGGUUCGGAUCAAAGAGCUGCAGAGAAGGCUGGAUCACACGUUGGGAAAACCGGGAAUGUUCCUUCCAGAGAAAGGUGUGGACAAGGAGUAUUAUACGGUGGGAGCCCGGCUGAUCCGACUGGAAGAUAAGGUGCUUCAGAUGGACGUGAAGUUGGAGAACAUCCUGAAGAUCCUAAUGGAGCAUUCCCAGCCCAAACCAGUGCUGUUGCAGAAACCCAGUCAGUGCAGCGUCACCGUCAUGAAGCGGCUGGGCGUCAGCAUGGACGAGAGCCAAUGACACGCUCGCAUGGACAACUCGCGCUAUGCAUUGUGGGAAACGAGGUCCGAGCGGACGAGCUUGGUGUUUCCUGUUUCUGACUACAAACUCAUUUGAGUAGCGAAGUGGGAACUGUCCGUCUUAAUUAAUUGGACGCAUUAUUUGAUUGUUUUUAUGGUCAGCGCGCUCACGGAUGGUGUCGUUCGGACACGUUUUUGGUCAAGCAGAAACAUCGAAAUCAUUAAUAAUGGCGUUGAUGCAUGGCUGUGGCUUUUUAAAACAGCAAAACACCAAUGAUAGAUGCUAAUGACGUUUAAUAGCGCUCUGAGAAAGAAGGCUAUUCACGGCUGUUGACGUUAAGAGGAGAGCCAAGAUUCCCCAACUCCAACAUGUGACACUGUUUUUCCCUUGAAGCACCUUUUAGAUACGUUUGUUUGAUCAGAUCUAGGAUUAUUUUUCUUAUCUGAGAUAAUUAAACGUUGAAAGGCGAGGUGAGUUGACGGAAAAUCAAUUAAUGAGAUGAAGAAACACAUUCCACUGUUCUUUUCCAGAAACCACAAAGCUGUCUUGAGGAAAAUACCUUCAUCCCGGAUCUCUUCUCCAGACAUGUUCGUCCGUUGGCCGUUCGCCUGGCACAGAACUAACAAUGAAUUCUUUCUG